GCAGCGCAGUGAAAACAGAAACCCAAACCGGUCAUGGAGGCUAGUUAACGACUGUGCGCCGCGCUUGUGAAUAGUAAUUUCACCAGAAUAUUGUGAUAUUUACACGGACGACAGAAAAUCGACAGAAAUAUCGCCGGUUUAGACGAAAAUGGGUGCAUACCUGUCAGAACCGAUUACGAAAAAAGUAUCGAGCGACGAAGCAGGCAAGAAUGUCGCAUUCGGCGCGAGUUCCAUGCAAGGCUGGCGAAUUAGUCAAGAGGAUGCACAUAACUGUUGCAUAGAUUUUGAUGAAAAUGUUUCAUUAUUUGCUGUAUAUGAUGGUCAUGGUGGUCAUGAGGUAGCAACAUACUGUGCAAGUAAUUUACCAGAUUUUAUUAAACAAACUGAUGCGUACAAGAAAGGAGACAUUAGGCAAGCUUUACUUGAUGCCUUUCUGGGCUUUGAUGCCACACUUGAAAAACCUGAAGUAGUUAGUAUCCUUAAAGAACUUGCAGGGACAUCUACCUCAGAUAAGAAAAAAGAUGAGUUGAAUGAAUCUGAUGAAGAAGAAAAUGUUAAUAAUCUAUGUAUGGAGGCAACAAUGCCAUUGGAAGAAGUAAUGGCAAAAUAUCAAUCAGAAUUGAAUCCUAAUGUAAAAAAUCUAAAAAACGAAAAAUGCAGUAAAAGAGUAUGUUCUGCGAGCCCUUAUUUACGUGGCCGAAGAGGUAAAGAAAAAGCAAGCUCUUCAUCAUCCGGCGCUGGAUGUUCAUCAUCUUCGUCAUCUUGGAAUACAAAUGAAACCGACGUGAGUAGUUCCAGCCAACCAUGUGGGUCGACUUUAUCUAAUAUAACGAAGAGAAAUGAAUCUGAAUGUCCUGGAAACAAUGAAGCUGAACAAGUUCUUGAUUCAACUACAAGUAAUGGAAAUGCACAUGUCUCUGCACCAGUAGGAUCAACAGCAGAUGUGGAGGCAACAAAAAGUGCAGAUAUGCCUGAUAGCUCUGAAGAUGUAAACAAAAAAGUUACAAGUCCUGAUAAAAUUACAUGUACAGAAGAAUUAAAUGCAAAUGAAGUAGAAUUAAAUGGUGCAGAAUCAAAACGAAUUGAAGAUGCUGAUAGCAGUAAGGGUGGGGGUGAUAAUGUAUCAAGCAGUUCAUGUACUCCAGUAGAGAAUGGAGAUGCAGGACAGCAAGAACGUAUAACUAGUACUGGUAGAAGAAGAAUUCAACCUAUCACUUUAUAUCAUACUCUUUUAAAGAAAGACAAUGAAGAUUCUGAGGAUGAUGAUGACGAUGAAAAUGAUGAAACAUUUGAUGGUGUCCCAGAAAGUUUUAGCGACGAAGAUGAUAUAGAAGAUAUUGACGAAGAUGAAAGCGAGGAAGAUGAAGAUGAAGACGAAGACGAAGAUGAGGAUGGAGAUGCUAAUAUCGAUGAGGACGAUGACGAUGAUAGUGAAAGUCUUAUGAUGGAUACAGAAGAGCCAGGUUAUGAUAGUGGAUGCACAGCAGUAGUUGCAGUUUUAAAAGGGAAUGAAUUAUAUGUAGCAAAUGCUGGAGAUUCCCGUUGUGUAUUAUGCAGAGAUGGUCAGGCUAUAGAGCUUAGUCUAGAUCACAAACCUGAAGAUGAACCAGAAAUGGAACGUAUAGUAAAAGCUGGUGGCAAAGUGACAGCUGAUGGUAGAGUAAAUGGUGGCCUUAAUUUAUCAAGGGCACUUGGGGACCAUGCUUAUAAACAAAAUGUAAACUUACCACCACAAGAGCAAAUGAUCUCUGCACUUCCUGAUGUGAGGCAUAUCACAAUUGAACCAGAAAAAGAUGAGUUUAUGGUGCUUGCGUGUGAUGGUAUCUGGAAUUUUAUGUCGAGUCAAGAUGUUGUACAAUUUAUUCGUACUCGUUUGACACAAAAUUACGAAAAAUUAUCAAAAAUAUGUGAAGAGUUAUUUGACCACUGUCUAGCACCUGAUACUUGUGGAGAUGGUACAGGAUGCGACAAUAUGACUGCUGUAAUAGUGCGAUUUAAGUCGUCGACUGAUGCUGCAACGAAUAGCACUGUUGCUGAAGUAUGUACUGCUAAAAGAUCGCUAUCGCCACCUAUACCUACAGAAGAAAAUAAUGAUUGUAUUGUGCAAGAAGAUACGAUGAAUUCUUGUAAACGUCUUAAGACCGAAGCAACUAUGUGAGAAAUGUGUUAAAUGCUAUGAACUGUUACAAUCUCUGGAAACAGAUGAGUGAAUGUGAAUUUAUGUAAAAUUAUGUAAUUCUAUAAAACUGUGAAUUUUGAGCAGAUACUCAAUGGUGAUCGAUACCAGUUACUUCAAAUAUCAUGUAAAGUAUAUUAGUACUGGCUAUUGGUGGCAGACUGAUCAAUUGGAGCAUAUGAGGAUGAUACUUUACUGCUAAUAUUUCGACGCUUUAGUGCUUAAUCUGAUACGAAUAGACAGUGUUCUUUUUCAUUUAAAUUAAAAACAAUUGAUUUUCAAAAUGUUUCACUACAUCUGUUAUUACUGGACAGUGUACUAUACGGUCUAAAAUUUGAUAAUGUCAUGUACAAAAUAUAUGAGACAGUUAUAUAAACAUAAUUCUGUACAAUUAACAAAAUAAUAAAUAUUUCACUUUAUAAGUACUUUCUAUGGUAAUGAUAAGGUAGAUGAUAAGUAUAAAUAAAAUCACUCUAAAAUCAUUUACUAAGUCAAAGCCUUGUAAGAUUUUACAAAUAAUAUAAGGUAUCAUAAUGAUUAGAUUAACAAUAAAUUUCUCAAGUUAAAAAUUUUUUUAAUGACUCAAUAUUUUGUGUAUCUUAACUAUUUUAUAUCCUUAUUGAUCAGAAUUCAAUUAUACAUCAUCUCAUUUGCUCCAUUAACAUGAAAUACAGAAUAUACUCUUUGAGUUUUUAGAUAACAUCCAUAGUAGAUAUGUAAUUGUACAUAUUUAUAAAUUUAGACUAUAGGAUUUAUAUUUGUAAUUUAACGUGAUACCAUUUCUUAUUUUUACGAAAUAAAGUUUAUUUUUGAAUCCCUGGGUAUAGUGGUUGAAUGGAUGGGUGUGCGAGUAGUCUUAAAAUGUGUAAACUGUAUUGCAUAAUAACGCUAAGUGCGUAAUACGCAUUGCUAAUUUGUGAUCUUGUACUAAAAAUAUUGUUAAAAGAAUAAUAGUUAUGUUAUGGAAUACUAUCUACUUAAACUGUUUAACAUAUUUUUUAAAUAUCUGACAGUGUCAUACAUUCUGUAAGUUUAUGACAACAUGAAAAUAAUGUUUCUAAAAAAAACAAUAAAAUUAUAGAUUAAAUUUAAACAUACAAACAUUUUAAAAAUUAAUAAGAUAUGUAUCGGAAACAAACUAAUUUAUCAUAAGAAAUAUGUAAAAAGUGAGGAUGAAAAAAAUAUUUAAAUUAUUUAUAUCUUUUUAAGAAAUACAUACUUUAUUUUAAUGCCAAUUAUUGUAUCUACAUUAUGUGCUUACAAGCGUUUUUCAUCUUAUAUGACUAAUUAAAUUCUUUUUCUGUGUAGUUACAAUACAUAAGUAAGAAACAUUUUUAACAACUAAACUUUAAAAUAGAAACCCAACUUCAUAAAUCUUUUUUUAUCUUACAACCAUGGUUUCAUUAUAUCACUAUUUCACCAUAACGUGAACAUACAAUGCGGACAACGAUUGUCUAUUCACAAAACAUACAAAAUUUAUAUUCGAUAAAAUAAUAUAGAUGUUAGAUAAAUAAUUAAUAUAAAUUGAUCACCUGCGAUGUCUUUAAGAUUGCUUCAAGUUUUGUAUUGUUAUUCAUCUUUUGCAACUGCUCACAUAUAAUUGCGGCUAUUAAUAGGCAGUAAUUAUAUAACAGCAUUGUUUACAAUUAUAACGAAAAAGCAAUCAUAAUUUUUACGGAAAACAAAUAAUACCAUUAUCAAAAUGAUUAGUAGUAUAUGAAUAUUAGAGACAGUAUGUAGAAUGAUUCAGAACUGAUGUGCCUUUCUGAUUCAGGGGUUGGGAACCUUCAGAAUAUGUGUGUAUAUCUGAUGCCGUCUUAUUAAGAAGGGUUUAAACCUCGAUACCGUCUUAACUGCAAACUUCGUCAUGAACUUAUGUAUAAAUAUCUUGUUUCAUAAUAUAUGUCACUCUAAUUA